GCAGUAUCAACACCGUCUACGGAGUACGGAAAAAGCUCCAGCAUUCUCGCCUGCAUCCCCCGGCACCCCCCUGCCCCCACUCUCUCUCUCUCUCUCUCUCUCUCUAAAAACAUCACAGAAGAAAACAGUACACAGACUACAUCACCGUCAUCGCCAUUUCCCAUCACUUCAAACUCUCUCUCUCUCUCUCUCUCUAGAAUUUUCUGUCUUUCUCUCUCAGUUGCAUGGCCUCCAGUGGCAAAACCAAGACGCACCACCACCAAGGCGCCAACGGAGCUGCCAAUGGCUACAGCAGCGACGGCAGUUCUCAGAGCCCGCCUCCGUCGCCUCGCCGUCAGUGCCGUCGCCGGCGCCUUCCCUACCAAAAACUCCACUCCUUUCCCCGCCGGGACAGUUUUCUCGCCGGAAUAAUCCUCCGGCGGGGCCUACGGUAUUUGCUGUUGCUGUCUCUGCUCUAUGUCUUGGGCCUGAUCAUGUGCCUCUGCCCCUUCUCUUCGCUAAUGCAUCCCCGUUCUCUUCCCGGCUCGCUCUACCGAAGCCACGAGAUCUUCCACAAGCUUUGGGAUGAUAUUCAGUCCGACAAUUCGUCCUUCAUUGAGUUGUCCUCUGUAUGGAAAUAUAAGAGGAAGCUGAAAGAGCAGAAGCCUUGCCCAAAAACAACUGGCCAAAGAUCUGGGUCUUCUGCACUCAAUCACUAUUUGGUUGUUGAAGCUAAUGGUGGCCUUAAUCAACAGCGCUCCUCAAUCUGCAAUGCUGUGGCUGUGGCUGCACUUUUGAAUGCGACUCUGGUCAUCCCUCACUUUGACUUUAACAGUGUUUGGAGAGAUCCAAGCCAGUUUAGUGAUAUUUAUGAUGAAGAGCAUUUCAUAAACAGCCUUGGGCAUUAUGUGGAAGUAAUUCGUGAGCUACCUGAGGAAUUGAUGAAAUUGUACGAUUUCAACAUCAGUAGUAUACCUAGUCUCCGUGUCCAAGCUUGGGCUACAGCAAAAUAUUACUUGGAAGAGGUGUAUCCUGUCUUGAGUGAGCAGCGAGUUAUUCGUAUUGCUCCAUUUGCAAACAGAUUGGCAAUGAAUGUUCCACCUGAUAUUCAAUUCUUAAGAUGCCUAGCCAAUUAUGAAGCGCUGAGAUUCUCUCUUCCAAUUUCCACACUUGCAAAGAAAAUAAUCAAUCAAAUGAUAGAUAAGAGCUCAAGUAAUGGUGGGAAGUAUGUCUCCAUCCACCUUCGAUUUGAGGAGGACAUGGUUGCCUUCUCAUGCUGUUUGUAUGACGGAGGUGAGGCAGAAAAAAAGGAAAUGGAUGCUAUAAGGGAAAAGGGUUGGGGAGCGAAGUUCAAACGCAAAGCACAUCUCAUUGCACCUGGUCUCAAUCGGAUCAAUGGAAAAUGCCCUAUGACCCCUUUGGAGGUUGGUAUGAUGCUGAGGGGUAUGGGCUUUUCCAACAAUACUCCAAUUUAUUUGGCCUCUGGGAAAAUUUACCAGGCUGAGAGAAAUUUAGCUCCUCUAUUGAAGAUGUUUCCCUAUUUGGAGACCAAGGAGUCCCUUGCUGCCCUUGAUGAGCUUGCUUUAUUUGAGGGAUAUUCUUCAAGGUUAGCUGCUCUGGACUAUAUGGUAUGCUUGUAUAGUGAGGUGUUUGUCACAACUCAAGGUGGAAAUUUCCCGCACUUUCUAAUGGGUCAUCGAAGAAUCAUGUACAAUGGGCAUGCUAAAACCAUCAAGCCUGAUAAAAGCCAGCUUGCUUUUUUAUUACAGGACACCAACACAAGUUGGAAGACUUUCAAGGAUCAAAUGGAAGCGAUGCUAGCUGAAAGUGAUCGCAAGGGGAUAAUGGUACCUAGAGUUAGAAGAAGCAACAGAAAAGCAUCUAUUUUCACAUACCCUCUGCCUGAAUGCAGGUGUCUGUGGGAAUCAAAAAACUCAACACUUGAAUCGGCCCAAUCUUUCCACCUGCCCAAAAGCUGACCCCGUCUAGUUAUACAGAACAAAAACUUAUCAAACUACUAUGCUUGUUGACACAGUUAUGUACAUCCCAGUACAUUUUCCCAGAGCUCAAGUUGCCUUGGCUUCUUCAUGUGCCGUUGCCACCAACUACGCAAUACGUUGACAUAGCGACACAUUAGUGGCAAAGGCAAUGGGGGGUUUUGAAGUUUGAUCACCAGCAGAGAGUUGCCUCUGCAGAAUUCUUCUCAUCACUGCAGUCCGAAGAACCUUAUCUCUGCUUCCGGUGCCAUUGACUGAUGCCUUAAGAGGCACUUAAAUCCUUUUGAGCUGAGGACAUUACUUUUGAGUCUGUAUCUGAGAGCUUGGAGUAGUCGGAAUUGGACAUUUAGACAUUGGGUUGAUUUAGCUAAACCGCCAACAAUCUCAAGAUUAUGGACGAUUCAUUUUUUAUUUUUUGAAGUUCCUUGUCUGGGAAAUUUUUGAGCGUGAAAAAUUAGAAUUUCAGCUGUGUUUUCAAUUGCUGAUUGUGUAAGCUGAUGGUAAUGUUUUUGGAUUGCCAAGAACUUCAGUUAUCUGUGUGAAGUUUUAUCGAAAGAAUACUUCCGUGCAGCCGAGUUGCCAUUCCUUCUGUUUCUGAUU